ACGGAAGUACUUCUUUUUUUCGUUUGGCGUGCCUGCUUAGCCUGCUUGUUAGCCAUUGGAAACAUUCUUUGAUAAAAUGGCUGUGGAAUCGAGAGUUACCCAAGAAGAAAUCAAGAAAGAACCAGAAAAGCCAGUUGACAGAGAAAAGACUUGUCCCCUGCUACUACGGGUUUUCACCACCAACAAUGGCCGACACCACAGGAUGGACGAGUUCGCACGCGGGAACGUCCCGUCCAGUGAACUGCAGAUCUACACCUGGAUGGAUGCCACUCUGAAGGAGCUCACCAGCCUAGUGAAAGAAGUUUAUCCGGAAGCUCGGAAAAAAGGAACUCACUUUGGGUUUGCCAUCGUUUACCCCGACCCCAAACGACAAGGCUACAGGGUGAAGGACAUCGGAAACACCGUAUCGGGGCGGAAGGGGGCGGAUGAUUCCAUGACACUGCAGUCUCAGCGGUUCCAGAUCGGGGACUACCUGGACAUCGCCAUAACCCCGCCCAACAGAGCCCCGCCCCUCAUGGGCCGCAUGCGACCCUACUGACAGUCUCCCUAACACACACACACUCACACA